GCGGGACGGGAGCGGGCAGGAGUGGCAAGGGCCUCGGUCUCCUGAGCCACUUGACACAACACCUCAUUUCUGGGAGAGGAGACCCAGGCCAGAGAGGGGAGGUUAGUUGCCCAAAGCCAGGUAAGACCUCAAGGGGCCUUACACCCUCGUCUCUAGUUCCCCUUCCUGGGCUCAGGUGAGCUGUAGCCUGCACGUGGGCCUGGCGUGUGACCUGCCCGGCCCCUCUACCCACCUGCCUUAGAGGGAUACAAGCCCAGAGGAGCCGAGAGCUUCCCGAACAGCAGUCGCAGCAGCGAUGGCCCCGCCCUGGCUGCCGGCCGUGGGCUUCACACUGGCCCCCAGUGUGGGGGCCUUCGUGGGCUCCUACUACGUCCGUGGGGAGGGCCUCCGCUGGUAUGCCAGCCUGCAGAAGCCCUCGUGGCACCCGCCCCGCUGGGCGCUGGGCCCCAUCUGGGGCACGCUCUACUCGGCCAUGGGAUACGGCUCCUACAUGGUCUGGAAAGAGCUGGGGGGCUUCUCGGAGGAGGCUGUGGUUCCCCUGGGCUUGUAUGCCGGGCAGCUGACCCUGAACUGGGCGUGGCCCCCCAUCUUCUUUGGCACCCGACAGAUGGGCUGGGCCCUGGUGGACCUGCUGGUGACGGGCGGGCUGGCAGCAGCCACCGCUGUGGCCUGGCGCAGGGUGAGCCCUUCGGCCGCCCGACUGCUCUACCCGUACCUGGCCUGGCUGGCCUUUGCAGCCGCGCUCAACUAUUGCGUCUGGCAGGACAACUACGGCCGGCGUGGGGGCCGAAGGCUUACGGAAUGAGGUGCCCACCCUCCGAGGACUGUGGCUGCUGCCAGGCAGGCCCUGCUGGUGGCGGUGGCCCUCACGCUGUUGUGGCCGCCCAGCCUGUGCGUCUGACUGGGUCUCAGCCCAGAGGGCCGCCGCCGGCUGUGGAGCUGCUGCCGGCUGAGCCCGCGCCCCAGGAGCAGCGUCUCGCACCCUGAGCUGCUCGGGGCACGGUCUUGGCACAUGGAAUUUUAUAAACCAAAUAAAGCUUUU